ACAUGGCGACUUCCAUGCCAUUCACACGUGCAUUGUAGACAAGCGGCGUUAUUUUGCUCCGCAGCGGCAGGUAUGAAGAACAAACCGCUAAAACACAAGGCGGACAACACUUUCAGGUUCCAGUCGUUCUCGGAGCGGCUGUCGAACAUCAACAUCGAUGUCAUCCACCGCGUGGGCCCCCACAGGCGACUGACGCCGUUUGAGAGCGAAACGUUCGUCGAAGAAGCUCUAACCAAGUGGUCCGAACUGAACUGCACCGACGACUUUGACAAACUCAGGCAUGACAUUGGUUCGGAGAUUCACACCUUGCCUCAAAUUGUGCUUCGCAAGGAUGCACUACUGGACAUCAUCAAAACACAGUUGGGCAACCUUGAGAACAAGGCCCUAGAUGCAGUUCUGGACAUCACAGUUGCCCUGGCCAGAGACCUCCAGUACGACUUCUACCCGAGCUUCCCGGACGUGUUCCGACUUGUCUGUGCUCACCUCGACACCCAUGACCCCGAACUGCUGGAACGAAUCUUCGUCUGCCUCUCCUACCUCUUCAAGUUUCUCUGGCGGUAUAUGGUCAAGGACAUCGACCUCAUAUUCAAAUUGUAUGUUCCACUUCUCGGGCCACAGCAGAAGAAGUAUGUUCGGGACUUUGCUGCCGAGAGCUUCGCGUUCCUCAUCCGCAAGGUGUCAGACAAAGAGAGGCUUGUGGACAUGUUGCUGACUUACCUCGAAGCUAACCCACAGAGCACCGAUGGCAUUGGUCGACUGCUGUUUGAGGCCGUCAAGGGAGUCAAAGGGCAGACACACAGUUGUAUGGGGACGGUGUUGCCUUUGGCACUGAAGCGUCUCGAUGGCUCGGCAUGUAGUGCAGCAAUCGCAUGUCAAGCCCUCAGGCAAACAUUUGUUGCCCUGGCGGACCACCUCGCGAGCCACGCCGAAAACUCGUCUGCGGUCUGGAACUGUCUCAAGGAGGCUGCAUUGGAAGUUGUUGGAAAGUAUAAAUCCAGCAAGGAAUCCAACAUAGAAUCCGACAAGGUUCUGGCACUUCUGGAAAACCUGGCCACGUUGGUGAAGAUCUGGGUCUUGUUCAAGAGGGGUCUCUUGGUGCGAAACAACGAUGCAGUCUACGAGAUUCUUGAUUUGCUCCUUGAGCUUGGUGAGGCGUCGCCAACACUGACGGCGACGCUCCUGGAAUGCGUAGCUUCGUUGGUAAAGAAUGGCAGCAGCACCGUGAGCCAAUCCUCUGGUCUUGUCAGCAGACUUGUUCAAAAGGUCUACUCUGGGUCAUUCUCGGCAGGAACCGUGAUCGACUUCACGAAUCAAGUUGUCGAAUGUUCGGCUUUUGAAAAGGAUGUGCUAUGUCACGUGGUUCGGCACUGCUCGAGUUUCGAUGACAGGACUCAUGCGCUAUCUCUUUUGGCCGAGGUGGUUCUUCGGAGGAGGCCCAUGCCCGCCACUGCCGAUGAGCUGUUACGAUCCUGGAGGCCCCUGCCUCUCUGCACCUCGGAUGACACGAGGGAACACGUGGCAUCGCUUGCAGAGGCUGUUCUCGAAGCCUUGACCAAGGACCUGACUGACCCUCUGCUUUGGGCUGGUCUGGUCUGCUUGCCACACCUAAGUGAUUGGGGUGACAUCGCUGAGAUGCAGAAAGCUGUGGACAAAACCGUUCAGGAACUCAGAGAUCGUCUGCAGCAGGAAACGCUGUCUGCGUCGUCUGCUGCACGCCUCUCGUUUGUUUUUCUUCACGCCCUGGCCACCGCUGCCUUGUGCAAGUUCGAAGGUGCUCUGAGCAACAUCACCUGUGACGUCUUGGUGAAGAUUCUCAGGCAGUUGCCAGAAAAUGUUUGCCUGCUGAAAGCAGCGGACAUCUUCUUGGUCCAUGCAGCCAGCCAGGAGCAAACUAUGCGGCAACAACAGCAGGAAGAGCUGCUGAGGUCCUUCUACAGCAUCCUUGAACGGAACCUGGCUUCACCUCAUGGCAUUGUGAGACUUCUGACGUUGCGGGUGUUGACUGCGUUUAGGCCCGAGACCGCUCCAGAAUCCCUCGACAAGGACGAAAAGCUGGGAGAGUUUGCCUCAGCCUGUCACGUCUUCAACACCUGCCUCAACGCGGAGGCCGUGCCCCUGACGGUGCAGGACUACCGCAGGAGGCUCAAGCUGCUUCAGGCACUGAGCUCCGAGCAGCUCGCGGCAGCCGGUGUUUCCUUGGGUGCUUACUCGAUGGCUCCUGUCCACUACUUGCUGGGCACCCUUCUCAUAAACUUCCAACUGCUCUGGCAACCGUGCCAGGAAAUUCUCUCCAGUCACGCCAGUGCCGACGGCCCUUUCUGGAGCACUUUUGUGCAGCACCUGACCACUGUUUACGACACGAUAGAGACUUCUCUCCCUGCAACGCCCGAAGACCAAGAUGGCGUGGACGGCGUGGCCAAUGAGGGACUCGCUGGCGUCUUUGGUGAAGCGCUGGAGGCAGCCACAAAGUUGGAAGACAAGCCGGACUAUGUCAACCAUCGCCACUUGCUCUGGAAAGCAGCCGAGCAGUUUGCCGGAGUUGCAGAGAGACGCAGCAAGGAUGUCGUGGUCUUCUUUUACAGAUUUCUGGAAAAAGAGUUCUGGCCAAACAUGCAGAUGGCACCGCAUCAUGACAUACGGAAACCGGAAGACACUCCCAUUUUGCCCACCGAAGGUGCGGAGGCUAAGCCAGAGAAUCCCGAAGAGGAGAGCGUCAUCGUCGUGGGUGUGGACGAACCACAGGGAGAUGUGGAAGACGAGGAGGAGAAUGCGGAUGACGAAGAGGAGGUACCGAACGACGAUGUCCAGCAUGUACCCAUGCGAGCAAGGCUGAAGCUUGUGAGGAGCCUGUGUGACCACCUAAGGCUUUUUUCCAAGUUCUCCAACCCACGAGCAGUUUCGAAGCAUGAACGCCUCUACGAGACUUUCCUUGAUCUGCUGACAUUUAGGGAUCCAGAAGUCCAGAAACUUGCAUUUGCCUGUAUCCUCGCCUACAGCCAAAAGUUCCUGACUCCCUACAGGGAGAACUUUGAAAGGCUUCUGGACGAGGCCAGCUUUCGUUCAGAAGUUGUUCUCUUCAACGUUGAUGAUGGCGGAGAAGGAGCAGUACGGGCGGAGCACCGAGCCGACGUCAUUCCAAUCCUGAUGAGGGUACUCUACGGCAAGAUGCACAUGCGCUCUGGUUCAGCGACCGGUGGCAAGACCAGCUUCAGCACGCGCCAGGGCACUGUGCUACGAUUCCUGGCAAGUUGCCGGGAGUCCGAACUUGCUGCAUUCAUGGACCUCGAGCUGGCAACUUUGAAGCAGUACCUUUCCAGUGAUAUUACUGACGUGGUGAGCAACAUCAGGAACAAUUUGGAUCUUUCCAAGGUGGUGCCUGUUCGUCGCCUUCAUGGCACACUAGGCACGGUGGAGAACAUGCUGCGGCACCUGGGUGCUCUCACACCCGGCCUGCUGCCUGCACUGCUCAAGCUGCUCGUUGCCGUGGCAACCUACGGUGGGGCCAUCCUCUCGCAGAAGGACCGGGUGGUGCGUGCAGUAAUUGGCAACACUCGUGUCCUGAGGUCGCGGGUGAUAACCCUGGUUUCUCAGUUCUUUGAACGUUUCGACACCUAUGAAUUCACGUCGGCUGAGAUAGAUGCCAUUUUCGAGUCAUUCGUGUGGCCUCAGUUGCCUCGUUUGGCCGAGUUGGCCGGAAAGCAAAAGCCCAACCCUCUGCUCAAGUUCUUCCUCACCCUGAGUCGGAAUCCGAGGUACUUUAUGUUGUUUGCCAAGUACAAGGCCGACGACCCGAGCCUGUCUCCGCUGCCGUGCCUCGCUUCGCUGCUGAGCAACAUGGACAUCUCGCCGUCCAUCCUCAAGGUGCUCCUCACGAUCAUCGACAACAUUUUGACGCUCCGUGAAGGUGGUGACGACGACGAUGAUAUGGAAGGUGGCAAGCGAGCGCCACCGCUGGUGGUGUCUCACUGCUUCGACGUUGAAGCGCGGCGCUCUACUGCUGGCUUGCCCGAACAACCGGACGGGGAGCACAGUUAUGGGGCGCUGCUGAUGUUGCCUUACGUUCCUCACAUACUGCACAGGCUGAAGGCCGUUGUGGAAAGCGCCGUGAAGACGCAGAAGCCCUUGUCUCCAGUUGAGCUGAACAUCCUGCUGAGAGUAAGUGGACUGUUGACGAACUCGCAACAGUGUGCAGAGUUGGCAAAGCUCUUCGUCGUUGGAUUCAAGAAGCUCCGAAGCCAAGCUCAGGAUUCUGACCAGCAAAAAUUGGCGACUGUCCUCAACUUGGCUAAGAUUGCAGACAAUCCGGACCAACUGUUGGGGUACACUGCCGUGCUUUUCUCGAGUCUUGGCAGCCACCAGUCGAGGCGUCUCUUGUGUGACAUCUACCGUGUCGUGGCCGAGCGUGUCUCGCGCUUUACCGAACUGGCAUCGUUCAUUGCCAAGGUGAACUCCUGGAAUCCAAGGUGUGCGGAUGAGCCAAAUUACCAGACAAGGCUGGAGGGAUUCAAGAUGGCCGCUCCCUUGGUACUGGGGCAGAAGGAGAAGCCAGAUGUUCGCAUCGUGUUGGCUGUGAUUUACAACUGCACCUACACCAUUCGAGCAGUUGACGACCUCGCUCUUCGUGAUGCCGCAUCGUUGGCCCUCGCUCAGAUGGGUCCCGCGUUCCACACCUGGCUGACAGAGGACAGAGCGGCGUACGAGAAGUGCGUCACCGAGGCUCUGAUGGGCGAAAUUCGUCAGGGGCUCCGUGGAAAAGCCGAGCCCAGCCGCCAGGAAUUUGUGCGUGUGCUGUCGCAGCUGCUGCAACACUGCAGCGAGCACCCGUCCCUCACUGGCCUGAGUCAGCUGUGCUGUAAGGAAGACGUGGAGCUUGACUUCUGGGAGAACCUUUGCCACAUACAGCUUCACCGACGUGCACGAGCCCUUAACCGACUGGCGGUUGCUCUGAGGGCAGGCGAACUGACGUUGCUGGCGCCGCCAGCCAUCUCUGGUGUGCUGCUACCGUUGAGCUCAUGUUACCUGUUCAACAGUGCAUACUCCAAGCAGACAGCUCUGGUGGACGCAGCUAUCGAGGCCGUGAGCGCGCUCUGUUCAAGACUGCCGUGGCGCCACUACGAAGCAAACUUGUUGCGAUACAUCCAGCAACUGCAGCGGGACUCGGAGCACCACAAGAUGGCCAUACGGUUGGUGGUGGCGAUCCUGAACGGAUUCCACUUCGACCUAAGCAAGUCCAAGGGAAUCCGACAGAAAUCAGGGGCAGCCAAGCCGGCUCAGAGUGCGGAGCAAGCCGAGGCUGUGGCCACUCAAGGAGAGGUCAAAGAGAUAGAGGUGGACCUUAAAGAGACUGAAAAUGUCGAUGAAAACCUUGAUGAAAAUGCGGACGAAAACGAAGUCCCUGAGGUGAAUGGCGAAGUGGGAGGAACGUCGGUUGACAACAAAAACAAGGCCCUCAGCGAAGAUGCGGCCACAGCUAUUCACACAGCCAUAGCCACUCGGCUUUUGCCAAGACUUCACAAAGUACUGAACCAAAAGGCUCGGGCAGAUGAUGAGCACAAGGCAGCGAAGGUUCUCCUUCCGGAAGAACACGAGAUCCUGCGAAUUCCGAUAGCUGUGGCCAUGGUCAAGCUUCUUCAAGCGCUGCCUGAUGGCAUGCUGCAAAGGCACUUGCCGGGCGUCUUCCUCAGGAUUUGCGACUUCCUCAAGUCGCGCUCUCGCGACGUCCGGGAAGCAGCUCGUGGCACGCUGGUGAAGGUGAUGUCGUCGCUGGGUGCCCCUUACCUCAAGUACCUGUUCUCACAGAUGCGUGCAGUGCUCAAGAGAGGAUACCAGAUUCACGUGCUGACCUACACGGUGCACGCAGUGCUCUCCGCCAUGUCAUCUGGAUUUGUCACCGGUGACCUGGAUGCCUGCUUCGAAGACAUCAUUGAGGUGUGCCAGGCCGAGCUGUUUUCGGACAUUGCUGAGGAGAAAGAAGUGGCCCAGAUUGGCAGCAAGGUCAGGGAGGCCAAGGCCACCAAGAGCUUUGCCAUCUAUAACAUCCUCGCAUCUGUGGCCUCUAAGGACAGCCUGCGUCAGCUGACCCCUGCCCUUACUGAGGUCUUGCUGUCCACGUCGAGUCACAAGACAGUGAAGAAGUGUGACGACUGCCUGCACAACAUUGUCACGGGCCUCUCUGGGAACAAAGGCAUGCCUGUGGAUGAGCUGCUCAUCUACACAUAUCAAACCAUCAGCCAGCAUGCUCCCAGCCUUGCAGAAAAGCCCCGGGAGCCGGUGCCGCAGCCGCGACUGCUCGAAGAGAAGUCCGACGUGUACUUGGUACCUCAGGAACCGGCUAGGAGCGGUCUUCCCGUGCGUACCAGCAAGGCGGCCAACGGUCACGUCAUGGUGGAGUUCGGACUCAAGCUCUUGCAUGCCAUUUUGAAGAAGGAGCAGGCAGGAACGAUUGACCAGAAAGAGCUGGAAAUGCUGGACCCAUACGUCUCCAUUUUGGCCACUUUAUUGGACUCGAACUAUGUAAAGGUGGUGACGACUUCACUGCGAUGCUUUGGACUCCUUUUGCGAAUGCCCCUGCCGAGCCUGCGGCAGCACAUGCGCCAUCUGAGCCAGUCGCUGUUUGUGCUGCUGCACAAGUAUGCGGGUGCUGGCAUGAAGCAGGGACAGAACUUCGAGCUGCUCGUCCUCGCCUUCAAGGUGAUGACAACGCUUGUGCGGGACACUUCCCUGUGCCGGCUGAGCAAGCAGCAGCUGCACGUGUUGCUGACGUACGUCGAGCGAGACGUGUACGACCACUCCAGGCAGAGUGUGGCCUUUGCCCUGCUCAAGGCCAUCCUCCAUCGAAAAGUGGAUGCUGACGAGUUGCACGGCUUGAUGGACAAAGUGGCAACCAUGAGCAUCGAACAUGAACAGGCUCACAUUAGGAGCCAGUGCCGAGAGUCAUACCUGCAAUACGUACUCGACUACCCGAUGAAGCGGCGCAUGAAGAAGGCAGUGGGCUUCUUCACGGCGCAGCUGGAGUACAGCACCGAGGCGGGCCGUCUCUCAGCUCUCGAGAUGCUUGAUGCCUACUCGAACAAGUUCCCACAGCAAACACUUUCUCACUACGCCCCCAGCCUGUUUGUGCCCAUGGCGGCACGCCUAGUCAACGACCAGUCACCGAAUGUGCAGCGGGUUGCUGCAGCUGCCAUCCGGAGUCUCCUCAGCAAGCUGGACGAGCCAUCGAGGGACACCUUGCUGUCUGUGGUUAUAGCGUGGUGCAAGGAACAAAUGUUUGCCACUCGGCGGCUAGGAGCACAAACGCUGGGCCUGUUUGCCGAGGUUGAGAAGGAGCGCUUUGAGCGUCAUCUGCCUGACGUGAUGCCUGUUCUGGUUGAGGAGAUGCACCCCGACAAGUUUCAAGAGCUUACGAUGCAAGACAUUGAGCGUGCCAAGGACCACAUCGCCUUCAUGUACCUGGUCUCGCUAACCAAGAUAGUCGACGCCUGCAAUGUUGCCCGAGCUCCUGCCACGCGGGAAAGCUUUGGAACGCUGUGUGGUUACGCAGACAUGUACCUGCUGUACCCCCAUGACUGGGUGAGGUUGGCGGCGUCUCAAUUUUACGGCCGCGUGUUUGCGGCUUACACUCCUGAUGAAGUUGCUGCAGCGUGCAAGCCAGCUACCAAGGUGCCUCGUUCGUCAGACUAUUUGGUGGUCGACACACCGGCAAAGCUUCGAGGCCUUACAGAGAAGUUCUGCUCUCAGCUCCAGCCAGAAAACGUCCUGGAGAAAAUAGCCGAGCAGGUCAUUAGAAACUUGGUGUUCCUGACUAGGGUGUCGGCUCGUGCCGCGCGUCUCGGCAUCGACACCUUGCACCCUGUUGAAUGGAUCGUGAAGAAGGUGUCGCAGCAGGCCCACUCGGAGGUGGUGUCGAACCCGCGGUCCACUUUGAAGCGUUCCCACGUGUUCAAGUUCCUGGCUGCUGUGAGCCUGGACCUGACUCGGCCCGAGCUGCAUUCGCAUCUGCAGCUCAUCCUUACGCCCAUCUGUCGGGAGCUCGAGGACCAGUCGCCUAGCCAGAGUGAUGAGAUGAAACAGAUGGCAAACGAAGCGACGGCUGUCAUAAAAAAGGCGGCAGGCGUAGAGGCAUUCGGUGCUGCUCUGGUCGCUCUGCAGGGAAAGCUGGCCGGCAAGAAACUGAAGCGGAAACGGGAGAAGGCACUCGAGGUUGUGAGGAAUCCUGAGGUGGGAGCUCGCAAAAAGGUGAAGCAACAGCUGAGGAAGAAGGAAGCCCUGAAGCGCAAGAAGGCCGUCCAGUUUGGCAAGGUCAAGCGGCGGAAGACAUCGUGAUCUUGUAAAAAGUUUGGUCGAGCUCGAGACGUGGACGACGUGCGAGCUUGUAACAUAUUUUGUAAUAUAUUGUUUUUUAUGGCAAUGAGUGCCAUCUAUCUCCUCUUUUAUAAUUAAAAAAGAAAA